GCGACGAUGAUUAGAGCGGCAGGUCGCUGUCUAGCCGCCUUUUGACGAGUCUGCUGACACAGAAUGUCACUUACCGAUCUCCAAACUCGCUCAAGGACGUCCACGACAAAUGGACAGAAAAGCACUUACAGUGCAGCAGCAGCACUCUUGGUCAUGUGCAGCAGAGCACACGCUUCUCGUGGUCGAGCGAGAGAGGGAGUUGGCCCUUUGCGACCAUCGGUCUACAGCGCUCUUUCGUAUGUACACCGUGUACUGCGUACUUGGUGUCUGAGUUCCUCCACAGACUGCUGCAUAAUUGGAAGCAUACAUUCUGCUCCUAUGAUCCACGGUACGGGUUAUGGUGCUCGUCCUGAGGCAUGAUUUCUGGCUAGGCAACGUGUUGUGACACCGCUGUUGUUCAAGUGACGAUGAGGAUUGUGGGCGUCGUGGAUUGAGCAUCAUGCGGCUCAGAUGGCUGCUUGUAAUGGCCAUGCCGUUGCCACUCCCUCCCUCCAGGAAACCUGUCGACUCCAGCCAGAGCUCUGGAGUCCGUCAGAGCGUAAACUCACGUAACAACCCAUGCAACUUUCUCCUCAGGAGUGCUACCUGCACAGUGGUCAUUGCGAGGAUUCUGGGAUCGCUUGCCAGUCCUCGUUUCAGGAAAGGGAACAGCUCGUGCAGGGUCAAAUCCUGGGCCUUGACCACGCGGGAAUUGGGAGCUCGGUGCAGCAGCGGUGGAUGACAUCAACAGCAUUGUCUGCCCACGAACCUAAUGUACCCCAUGUACUAUGCUUUAGCUAAUAGAUGCCUCUAAUAAGUGAGUUCGAAGGUUCCACGUACACAUUCUGGACAAGUUCACUGGCUGAGUUCAGUCUCUGAAGUACAUACAGUACAGCAGAGCUACAUUGGUUGCUCUAAAUUGCGCUGUCUCGCAUGCCGGCAUAUCAUCGUGAGGAGAUUUUUCCCAUUUUCUGCUUCUCGAUGCCGUAAUCUGGAGUCGCCCUCCAGAAAGAGCAAUGAUCUUAGUGCUAUCUUGCGCAAUCCAUUCAACUCUCCUUUCAUCUGAAGGCCUGGCAUCCUUGUUGUAGGUACCUUCUGUAGGCUCGCGCUGACUCCUCUCAUGUGUGUCCCUAGAGUAGCUUCCGUAGAGGAGCUUCGUCUUAAGAAAGCUUGGCCUUGUUCGUAUUUGCCUCGUUUCUUUUGAGUGGGUUACUGUGACUUGUCUUUCAAUGUAUAUUCAGAAUAUAUACAUCGCUGACGUAGUACCUUCUGAUUCUUUCAAGGCAUAGGCCCUGGUUCCCCGUUCGUUCUGAUAUUUUCGAGGCAUAGCCCCUGGGUUCCCCGUUCGUUGCUUCCUUAAUAGAUCACCCUGUCGUUUUUCUAUCCACUUGCCUCCAUUUCAUCACCCAGAAGUCUUGAUUAGUUGGUGACACGACCUCAUCAUCGAUCGAUUAAAUAACUUUGUAUGUAGCAACAUCAAGAUCAAGUACUCAACACGAGCGGUGCAUAUAUAUGCGCACCAACGCCCAUUUAUAGAACAAGGGCCCUGUUAAUAGAUUCGUCUUGUUAAACGAGCUCGAAUCAGACCGAAGUUACCCAACUCGCUUUACACGUCGUGUACUGGCCUUCAGACUGAUCAGAAGAUGGCAUCAGGCAGUGAACAUUGAUGC